GCGUGACGUGUUGACACGUGAUUGGCCGAGACAGGUAUCACUUCGCUCUAGGUACCAAGCUGAGACUGACUCUCCCUCUCUCUCUCGCACCCAGUAAGACGACCGAAGAAGCUGUCGAAUGAUACUCCAGAAUUCCUCUCCACGAUGGCUACACCGUUACUGGCUGGGCUAGCAGUGGCUGCUGCCGCGCUUGCUGGUAGAUAUGGAAUCCAGGCUUGGCAGUCAUUCAAGACGAGGCCACCUAGACCGCGUAAAUUUUACGAAGGUGGUUUCCAACCCAAGAUGACGAGAAGGGAAGCCGCUCUUAUUCUCGGUUUAAGGGAGAGCGCAACUCCAGAUAAGGUUAAGGAAGCGCACAGAAAAGUAAUGGUUGCGAAUCACCCGGAUGCCGGCGGUAGUCAUUAUCUUGCUUCUAAGAUCAAUGAAGCCAAGGAUGUCAUGCUAGGGAAGACGAAGGGCAGUGGAUCUGCAUUUUGAUGCGAGUAUUUGGGGUUGCUCCUAUUUGAAGGGGAGGUGUGCUUUGUGCAAAUGAGCACUUCCUUGUUAAAUUUUCGACUAAUUCGUUGCAUCUUUCUAUAUCAUCUGUUGAGAAAGCUAACAACUCGAAGCACCGCAUGCAUUGGCCGGGUAGCUCGGUCGGACGAAAUCUCCGGAGAAAAACGGCGUCGCCACAGAACAUCAGCCUCUGAUUACUCGCCGAGGCUCGUGAGGUGGUUGAGACUCAUUAACUUUGUCUUUCAGUAAUUAUUCUGAGCUGAGGAGUCGCGCUUUUGGUAAAACCUGUGAUGAUACCGAGUCAUAUUUAUUUGUUUUUGGGUAGCGUCA